AUGCUAGAGAAUCCUGAUGACUAUUCGCCAUUAAGACUUAUAGUCUCUGGAACUGGAKGAACUGGAAAGUCUUAUGUAAUCAAGUGUUUACAACGACUGGUAAGACAAGUAUUUGAAAGGAACGAGGCAAUACAGGUUAUUACCCCAACAGGUAAUUCAGCUUAUYUAGUGGAGGGACGUACCGCUCAUAGCUUUUUGUCGCUACCAACUGUUGGGAGAUGUUGCAGUGAGCUAGCUAGGCCAUCGGGAUCUGUUCUUGAAAGAAUCCAGAAUAGAUGUGAAAAUUUGAAAGUGCUUAUUGGAGACGAGCGAUCAAUGUUUGGCCGGACUACAAUGGGCUGGAUGGAGCAGCAUACCCGAUAUGGAGUGAAUAGGGGAAAUUCUUCCGAAGAACUCUGGGGAGGCAUUCUAGCUGUUGUUAUGAUGGGAGAUGAUGUGCAGUUACCUCCUGUCUGUGAUACACCCGUCUAUGUACCUGAUGCUCGUAGUGCACCCUCUAACCAUGGAAGAUUGGUGUGGACAAAUUUUGAUAGCGCUGUAGAACUAACCCAGAUAGUAAGACAAUCCGAGUCAGAAUUGCAGUUGCGAGAUGUUCUAAUGUCCAUGCGAACCUAUACCACCACAUCUGAUCAAGUUCGCUGGCUUCAGCAGUUUCAGUGGCACAAUCUGGAAAGGACUCAUGGAGAAGGGCUAUUGCAGAGGAUGGAUGAACACGGUUUGUUUGUGUUCCCGACUCACCGUUUGGAAUGGGAACGAAACAAGAGUAAGCUGCUCGAGUGCAAUCAUUUGCCAGAUCAUCCAGUUGCAAAGAUCAAAGCAGUAAAUAABGGUAAGCACGCUCAGAAGGCUGAAAGCAACAAGGCUGGAGGAUUACUACAACUUCUGUACCUUUGUCGUGACAGUAAGGUCAUGCUUGUGGCAAACCUGAAGGCUGAGUGGGGUUUGUACAAUGGAGCAGUUGGCACAGUUGUGAAUGUUAUUUAUCUUAAUGGUMGACGGCCAACUGAUGAUCCCCAACCACAACCAGAUGUUGUUUUAAAUCCUGGAGCACUGUUUGUUGCAUUGUCCAGAGCAAAGUCAGCUGGUGUACCAGACUGGGAUCCCGACUUCGCUUUUCAUCAAGACGUUUUGAUAAACGAAGACAGGUUUCGUGAAGUGAACACGCCAACAAUACGUUCUCGAGCAGCAGAGAUAGAAAGGCUGCGUAGGCUUUCAGUAGAAUGCCGAGGCAGAGAAAGUUUAGUAAGAGCAUAUGAAGAAUCGACCUUUGAAAGGCUUGUCAAUUGGGCUCAGUACAGAGCAGUUAGCUAAACAAACUCACUGAUAAUGGAUAUGAUGCAUCAAACAAUGUGAUCUACUGUACAUGUAAUAGAACAGCUGAUUAGCUGAUUAUCCAUAUGUUGCACACAUUGCCCCACAAAAUACUGCAUGAGAAUGAUCAUUCAAAUAUAGAUGCAUGCUGUUAAAGUGCAUAUAGCCCCCUAUUUAGAGUAAUUUUCAUAUAAUUCUAGACAUAAUUUUAAGCACUUCUGCGAAAAAAUAAAUCGAUUUGGAUAAAUCUCUGAUUUUUAA